UUAUAUCUUCUCCAAGCGUGUACUUUUAUACCAUCAGGUUAUGUAAUAUCACAAGUCAAUACUGAAUUGAAGGCUCCUCUACACUGCAUUAUCCUUGCUACCACAGCCUGCAGCAGACGGGACACAUCUUCUGCCUCUAGAUCAAUCAGGAUGGAUUUCUACUCACUAUGUACAGUGCUCCUGGUGCUUCUCAUCACCUGCUUUUUGGCUAAAUUCAGUAGUAUGAUGUUGGAAAAAGCCAAACUUCCCCCUGGACCAACUCCUUUUCCCAUCAUUGGAACCCUCUACAAGAUGAACGUCAAAAAUGUUGUGCAAUCACUAAUGGAGCUACAUAAAACCUAUGGAGACAUAUUCACUAUAUAUGAAGGGAACCAUCCUUGUGUUGUGCUUUGCGGAUAUAAAGCUAUAAAGGAGGCUCUGAUUGACAAGGCAGAAGAAUUCAGUGGUCGAGCUUAUGUCCCUACAUUCUAUGACUUUACCAAGGGAGAUGAUUUGGCAUUCAGCAAUGGUGAGAAGUGGAAGGAGCUGAGAAGUUUUUCCAUGUUAACAUUGAGUAACUUCGGGAUGGGGAAACGUAGCAUUGAGGAGCGGAUAAAGGAGAAUUCCGGGUAUCUCAUUGAUAUGCUGAGAAAAGCAAAUGGUUCUCCGAUAGAUCCCAAACAUCACAUACACAGUUCUGUGUGUACCAUCAUUUGCUCUGUCCUAUUUGGGAAACAGUUUGAUUAUCAAGAUAAGGAAUUUAAAACUCUUAUGCAUUAUACCGUGGAUAGCUUCAGAAUCAUGAGUAAUCCUUGGGGGCUGUUGUACAACAUCUAUCCAGGCUUCAUGAAGUAUAUACCAGGUCCUCAUAAGCAAUUGAUGAAGAAUUAUACAGGAAUAAUUGACUUUAUCAAGAAACAAAUGGAGAACAACAUGAAGGAUUUGGACAAAAAUAACCCCAGGGAUUUUAUAGAUUGUUUCCUGAUCAAAAUGGAGAAGGAACAGAAAACCAAAGCUGCCUACUAUAAUACCAACACUUUGCUGAUGAGCGUCCUGAUCUUGAUCUUUGGCGGAACCGAAAGCUUGGGCAACACAUUGUGUUACACGCUUUUACUACUUAUGAAACACCCCAAUGUAGCAGAGAAGGUCUACCAAGAGGUAGACGAUGUCCUUUGUGGCCAACCUCCAAAUUAUGAGGACAGACAUAAGAUGCCUUAUACUGAAGCUUUUAUACACGAGGUUCAGAGAUUUGCUGAUGUAGCUCCACUGAAUGUUUUACAUGAGCUGACAAAGGACACCGAGUUUCGCAAUUAUACAUUGCGCAAGGGAACAGUCAUCCUCCCACUACUGACUAGUGUACACUAUGACACGACCCAGUUCAACAACCCUAAGGAAUUUAACCCAAACAACUUUCUGGAUGGAAAUGGGAAGUUUAAGAAGAACAAUGCACUGAUGCCAUUCUCAGCAGGCAAGAGAAUUUGUCCCGGAAUGAGCCUGGCAGUUAUGGAAAUUUUCUUGUAUGUCACCACGCUGCUGCAAAGCUUUACCAUCAAAUCACCGAUCCCCCCUGAAGAGAUCUCAGUUGCACCAGUGGGAGUGGGGCUUGCACACAUCCCUCCCAACUAUGAAAUUUGCCUUUUACCUCGUUCAUGUUCUCAAAAAUAAAAGGAUAAAAGAAUA